AUGGACGUGGAGCUUGAGAAUAUGGAGGUAAGUGGCACGUUCGGUGAUGUGAUUUCUUUACCCCCAUGUAAGAAUGUCGUUGGGUGUAAAUGGGUUUAUACUAUUAAGUAUAAUGCUGAUGGGAGUGUGGAGAGAUAUAAAGCUCGGUUAGUAGCUAAAGGUUACACACAACAAGAAGGUGUCGAUUUCUUUGAAACUUAUUCUCCAGUUGCUAGAAUGGGAAGUGUGAAGUUUAUCUUAGGACUAGCGGCUAAACGAGGUUGGAGUCUUUGUCAAAUGGAUGUCACUAGUGCUUUUCUGCACAGUGAACUUGAUGAGGAGAUUUACAUGAGCUUACCUCUUGGUUACACUCCAGCUUUUGGUGUCUUGCCACCGAAUCCAGUUUUUCGAUUGAAGAAAUCCAUCUAUGGCUUGAAGCAAGCUUCUCGUCAAUGGUAUAAGUGUUUCUCAACUAUUCUUUUGAACAAUGUUUUUUCACAGGCUCCAUCUGAAAACACUUUAUUUGUCAAAAUGACUGAUUCAUCUUUCAUAGCCCUCUUAGUGUAUGUUGAUGACAUCAUGAUUGCAAGUAAUAGUGAUAUGGAGGUCUCAGCUGUCAAAGCUCUUCUGGCCAAGGCUUUUAAGAUUAAAGAUUUAGGCCAGGCUCGGUUCUUCCUUGGGCUUGAGAUUGCUCGCAAUGCUAAUGGGAUUUCAGUUAGUCAACGGAAGUAUUGCCUGAAUCUGCUGAAUGAUACAGGUUAUCUCGGGUGUAAACCUAAGAAUGUUCCUAUGGAUCCAACGAAGGCAUUGUUUAAGGAUACUGGUGUACUUCUUCCCCCAGAAGAGAUACGAUCUUACAGAGCUUUGAUUGGUCGUUUGCUUUAUUUGACUAUUACUCAGCCGGAUAUCACUUUUGCUGCUGCUCAACAUGUUCUCAAAUAUCUUAAAGGGAAUCCUGGACAAGGUCUGUUUUAUUCUGCUCAUGAUGAUAUUCGCUUAACUGCCUUUUCCGAUGCAGACUGGGGAACUUGUCAGGAUACUCGCCGAUCAGUCAUAGGGAUGUGUACUUUCCUUGGUACCUCUCUUAUUACUAGGAAAUCUACGAAGCAUAAGAUUGUCAGUAGUAGUAGUACUGAAUCUGAGUAUAGAGUUAUGGCCCUUGCCUCUGAUGAAUUAGUUUGGUUGGUACAGCUACUACGAGAUCUUUAG